AUGUUGCUCACAGGUAAAGUGGCGUUGAUUACCGGCGCCGGACGGGGCAUCGGCCGAGCCAUUGCCCUGGCCUUUGCCGGUGAGGGCGCGCGUACCAUCGUGACCGGACGCAACACGCACCUGCUGACCCAGGUGGUCGAUGAGAUACGGGCGAGUGGAGGAGCGGCGGAGGCCUUCGCGCUCGACGUGACCCGGUCCGACGAUGCGGAGGAAGAAGGGCGUUAUCGUCAACAUCGGUCGUCAUCCGGCCGUUUGCCUGAGGGCGAUUACGGAGCUUAUGCAACGUCAAAAUGGGGCGUGGUGGGCUAUACCGCCUCGCUGGCCCACUCCCGGCGUUCCCACGGCAUCCGGGCCAACGGCAUCAAUCCCGACUGGGUGGAUACCGACAUGGCCAGGGCGUAUGAUCUCCAGGGAAACCCCGAUUGGAUAACGGAGGAACAGAUAGCGCAGGCAGCCCUUUACCUGACGGCUCACGCGCCCGAAGUCAUGACCGGACAGUUCAUCGACAUCUUCGGCGUGUGUGCCUACGACCGGUUGGAUGGUGUUACCACGAUGAGUCAAAGUGCAGAUUUUUCUGAGACCUUUUAUCGCGAUCACGCGCGGCGUUACGCCGCGGUAAGCCACAACUUCAUCCAGUCGGUUUACACCGACAUGUCUCACCCGGCGCUCACGGGCGACACGGCCCUGAUGGACCGCCUCCAGGAGUUGGUUCCCGCCGGAUCCCGGGGGCUGGACGCCGGCUGCGGCGCGGGAGCCCGUGAUGUCUUCUUCUACUGGCAGAAGGGGUACGACAUUCAAGGGGUGGAUGCUGUUGAGGAGAACAUCCAGGAAGCGCGCCGGCUUCACCCCGAGAUCGCCAAUAGGGUGUCGGUAACCGACCUUCGGCAGCCUCUUGUCCAUCCGGAUCUCUCUUUCGACUUCAUCCUGUGCAACGCGGUCAUCCAGCACAUCGCCCCGGACACCGCCCUGGGGGUCACGCUGCCCGAGUUUGCCAGGCUCCUGAAAGCCGGCGGCGUGCUCCAGCUUAUGUUCAAGACCGGGAGCGGCAUCGCAACGGUCUACGACCGGGACUACGGUGCCGACCGGACCUUCCAGCUUUACGACCCGGGUGAGGUGCUCGGUCUCCUGAUCGAUCGGGGCCUCAGCGUGGUUCCGGCGGAAGGCGACAAGCUGGGCGGCGUAAUGUACUUCAAGGACCCCAAGCCGAUGGACCAUUGUGUCCUUUUCGCACGCAAGGACGGGUGA